GCAGGGAACAUCCACACUUAAGAUCUGUACAUCUCAGUGCACAGGCAGAUCGGGUCUACCAGAAUAACAUUGUGUUUACGUCAGGACUACGCGAAGAAUAACAAUUUAGCCAAGGCUACCUGAGGUUUUAAAGGUUGCACUUAAUCCAACCGAGGAACGUACCUGAUUAACAUUUGAUUAGCCAGAAAGUCACAAGGUGAUGGUCGCUUGCUGUCGAUGAUCGCUGUCCAAACGCCGUUCCUGUAGAUUCUUGCGUCUUGACAGUUGUCUGCACUGCCCCUGAGUCUGGUUCUCUAACUGUUGACAGCAUUGCCUGAAUGUUGACUCCAUAGCCUGUGUGUUGGCUCUAGAGCCUGGCUAUAAACUGCAUUUAGGCUGUUGACUGUUCUCUGACUGAUGACUCUAUCUGCGUGUUGACCCUAUACUUUGCAAGUUAACUCUGUACUCUGGCUGUUGACAACAUACUCUGUCUGUUGACUGCACAUUGGCUGUUGACUGUACUCUGAAUGUUAACUCUGUUCUCUGGCUAUUGACUGUACUCGUCAUGUUAACUCUAUACUCUGGCUGUUGACUGUACUCUGCAUGUUAACUCUGCUCUCUGGCUAUUGACUGUACAAGCAUUUUAACUAUGUACUCUGGCUAUUGACAAUACUCUGAAUGUACCCUCGCUGUCAGCUCUGUACUCUCGCUGUUAACUUUAUACUCCGGCUGUCAACUCUUAACUCCAUUUCUCGCCUCCGUACUCCCGUAUAAGGGCUGUAUUAAUUAACCACGUUCACGGUGCCAUGGUGUCGUUACCGAUCUUUGUGGUGCUGACGGGCCUGGUGGGCCGGCUACACGCGGAGUUGUUUUCUUCCACCGCCCGCUUGGAAACGCUGUUCGAUUCCCACAAUGAAGAUUGAACAGAUCCUGGAUAUUUAUGUCCAGCAGGAGGAGUCCAGGUUGGCUUCAAUCAGGAGUCUUGUGACUCAGGUGAAAUCUAUGGCGAACCGGACAGCCGGGGAGCGGGUCAAGUUUGUGGAGCAUCCCCUUGGGGCUUUCCAUCUCCUUAAAACUUACUCCAAAAUUUCGGGCGAGAUAGCCAGGGGAGAGAAUACGAAAGAAGACCUGUCUUCGGCCUUGGAGGCGCAUUCCCUCAGUCUCCCCACCCACGAGGACUACAUAGGGUCAGCCUCAGCUAUCUUACGUCUACAGAGGAUAUACGAGCUGCCCAAACAGGAGCUGAUGCAGGGCUUUGUCAGGGAUCGCUUCAUCCAGCCCUUGAGUAUUGACGACGCCCUGGUGCUGGGUGCAAAGGCUGCUGAACAGCACUUCUUUACCCAGGCCAUAGAGUGGUAUGACGUACCACUUAGAGUACCCGUGGAGGAAGAGCCCAUGUUAGCCAAUGAGAGGAUAGAGGCCACCCUGGGUUUGAUCAAUGUGUACUUACAGUUCAACGAUUUUGAAAAUGCUCUAAAGUUUUCCCGGUGGGCUUUUGAAACAUAUUCUUACGACGAUAGAGUUCGUGACGUUCAUGCCGAUGUCCAGCGAAAUAUUGAUGCGUUGAGAUUUGGUAAGAUGGAAAUGCCGCCUCCAGCGAAUCCAGCAGAGUUUGAUGAGGAGUACGCUGCUCUGUGCCGUGGAGAAGUCGACUGGACAAACCAGUACAUAUCGCAAGGGCACUGCAUCGUGCGGACAGACUCCGUACCGUAUCGCCUUGUGAAGCAGGAGAUCCUCAGCUUUGACCCAUUUAUCUCCCUGUUCUAUGAUGUCCUCUCCGAAACAGAAGGAAAUAAAUUCAGGAAUGCAGCCAAAGAAAAUUUAUAUAGAGCAAUGGUUGGAAACCCGUCGGAGGCAAUCACGUCAGAAGUUAGAGUGGGACAGCUAACUUGGCUGGAUGACUCUGAACCUUCCAUCAAGAAGAUCUCGGCUCGCGUGAUGGAUAUCACGGGAUUAGACGUGACCAUGCGAACAGUACAGUCUUCCUCGGAGUCAUUCCAGAUCGUCAAUUACGGUAUAGGUGGCCAUUACGAACCACACACAGAUACAUAUAGUAACAGAUCAGUUUUAGCAGAUGUACCAGACUUUUUACAGAACACGGGGGAUCGAUUAGCCACUUUCCUAUUUUACCUGGGCGACGUUGUUGAAGGUGGCUCUACAGUGUUCCCACGUGUCGGAAUUCAAGUUCCCGUUGUUAAGAACGGAGCAGCUUUCUGGUACAACCUGAACCGUGCAGGUGAAAACGAUGAAAGGGUCACACACGCCGGCUGCCCCGUGCUGCUCGGACAAAAGUGGGUGGCAAACAAGUGGAUCCGAGAGCAUGGCCAAGAGUUUCGACACGGGUGUGGUUUGACCCCCACCACACCCCACCACACAUCAUGAUACACGACACAAAAUUAGGCCAACUAUUCCCACACUGCGGCGAUGUGACUCCGACCAAACCCGAUACACAUAAUGAUACACGACACCCAAUUUGACCAAGAGUUCCCACAUCGCGGCGUUGUGACUCAAACCAAACGUCAAUACACAUAAUGAUACACGACAGCCAAUUUGGCAAACAGUUCCCACACUGCGGCGUUGUGACUCUGACCAAACCCAAUACACAUAAUGAUACACGACACCCAAUUUGACCAAGAGUUCCCACAUCGCGGCGUUGUGACUCAAACCAAACGUCAAUACACAUAAUGAUUCACUACACCCAAUUUAGCAAACAGUUCUGACAUUGCGGCGUUGUGACUCCGACCUAACCCGAUACACAUAAUGAUACACGACACUCAAUUUGGCCAAGAGUUCCCACACCGCGGUGUUGUGACUCCGACCAAACGUCAAUACACAUAAUGAUUCACGACACCCAAUUUGGCAAACAGUUCUCACACUGCGGCGUUGUGACUCCGAACCUAACCCAAUACACAUAAU